AUGUCGUGCCUUUCCCCAGAUGCCACCACAACCAUAACCUCCCGCCCCAAACUCACCCUCCAAACCACGGCCCUCCCACGCACCUUCGGGAGUUCAACAACAGGCCUCUCGUUCUCCUUCGCAGCUGCGCCAGCCGCCUCUCCCACAGUCCGCAACACCUUCAAAAAUGCCUACGAAGUCCCCUCCCCAUCCUCAGCGACCACGUCACCCUCCAAAUCCGCCCGCUUCCACUCCAAGCCCACAUCACCAUACAUCCACACCAACACCCUCUCCCGCCCAUACCAACAACCCCUCGGCGUGCGCAGCAUCCUCCGCAACUCUCCCCUCGAACCCCGCCGCUCCGGCUCCAUCUCAGCCGGCACCAGCGCCCGCCGGGUCUUUUUCCCCGCCAAGAAACAAGUCAGCUACAAAUACCCUCUGGAAGAAGAAAUCCACACAGAGCGCUACACAGCGCAGCACCUUGAUCUCGUGAGCGAGGCAGUGCCCAAGGCAGAGCCCGCACCCGGUGGACCCCACCGGUCCAGCCCGGACCAAACCAAAGACAAAGAAGACUCCGACUCCGCCCCCGAGGCAUCGGACGAUACUGAAACCAGCGAUGAAAAUCAAAAACCCCACUCGCUCACAAAGACUGAACGCAAGAAGCGUCGCACUAUGCAGGUGGAGCGCCAGGUCCGCGCUGUAGCUUUGCUAGAUGGCUUCGAGGCUGAUGGCUCAUCCACGCCGCAGACACCGCGCCAGCCGAGGGCGAAGCGUCGUCGGGAGUGGAAGUGGACGCUUGGUCCGCUGGAGGGCCGGAAUGUCGAGAGCGAGUCCGGGGAGUCGGAAGCGCGGUGA